GCAUUAAAAAUGAUAAUAUAUGAUUAAAGAAAUAAGCACGUCGAGUCACUUCCAUUCCUACCUGCCAAAUCGCUGGCUUCUUAUUAUUAUCCUCGACUUGAACCGGCUUGGCUCAAGAUCAAUUAGUCCGGUUUUUGACCGUUUAACCAAAAUUCAUAAUCGACAAAAUUGGCAAUUAAAGCUUGUUUUGUUAGAGAUAUCGUUAGUUUAUUAUAAAUUGAGUGUAGAAGUCGUAAUUAUUUUCAUUUUCAGUAUUUUACUAUAAUUUAUUGCUCGAAAAAAAGUUUGUGAAAACGGGUAUAAAAUGCCAAUACUAAACCACCGGUUUGGUUUAGCCUAUUAAGCUGCAAGCCGAGUAAAUUAAACGUGGUGCGACAAACAAUACGAUUCUCCGCAACUUCUUCAUAAAUCCUUCGACCUUUCUCCUUUUUUUUUCUUGUUCACUACGUAAACCCAACAACACUUGUGUAGUUGUGUAUACAUAUAAAUAUGUAUAUACACAAUGUUAUCUCACAAACACAAAACACAAAUUAGCAAAUUCUAAGAGAGGAACAAAAAAAAAAACAAGAUCAGCCUUUGAAUUCAAAAAAAUCAGUAGAAGGAGGAUGAGAAGCGUGGUGAAGAAGUUACUAUGGUGCGGAGCGAAGAACAAUGCUUCUUCGAGAACAUCGGCAUUACCAGAAGAAGGGAGAGUUCGGGUUUUCGUAGGUAAAGAUAGAGAGAGUCAAUGCAAGCUAGAAGUUGAGGCUAAUUUGCUAAACCAUCCAAUGUUGGAAGAUCUAUUGAGGCUGUCUGAGGAAGAAUUCGGACACUCGUAUGAAGGAGCUUUGAGGAUUGCUUGCGAGAUUGAUGUCUUCAUCAAACUGGUUAAUCUACACAAAACAACUAAUCAUCAUAACAAUUCUCUUUGUUGUAACAAUAAUUCCACAAAAUUAUCGUAGCUUUUAUUAUACCUCUCUUAUUCAUCAUUCUUUAAUUCAAAGAAGGAAGGAAAAAAAAUGGACGAAAUUCGUUUCCUUUUUUUUUUAUAUAUAAUUUAUUUAUUUAUAGAGUCGAAUGUCUAUGGACAUUUGUAUUAGUAAUGACUUCAUC